AUGGCACCAGCAGCGACCGGCGGCAAGAAGCAAAAGAAGAAGUGGUCCAAGGGAAAGGGUACGCCGUCACCGUCCCCGUCAUUGCACCCGCACAGCUCGAUCUCGAAUGCGCAAAAGAGUACGAUAUCAGACUAAUCGUGUUUCCAUCAAUAUAGUCAAGGACAAGGCCCAGCACGCCGUCGUUCUCGACAAGAACACCAGCGAGAAGCUCCAGAAAGACGUCCAGUCCUACCGCCUCAUCACCGUCGCCGUCCUCGUCGACAGACUGAAGAUCAACGGCUCGCUCGCCCGGAAAGCCCUGUCGGAUCUCGAGGAGAAGGGUGUGAUCAAGCAGGUGAUCGGCCACAGUGCGUGCAAGGUCUACAGUGAGUACAAGUGUCACGAAUAAAAAGAGGCGAUGGGGAUUUGCAGUACUGAUGAUUCCGGAUAGCACGCGCUGUCGGCGGAGGCGAUUAA